AUGCCGCUCUUGAAUCUCCCCACAGAGAUUAUCAUCAUCAUCGCCAAGUCCAUCGAGCACCCUGGAGAGCUUGCGACCCUCGCCAGAACGAGUCGCUUCCUCUACGAGGUUGCCAUCCCAAUCUUGUACGCCCGCAAUGCCAAGUACAAAGGCAGUUCUGCACUUCUCCGGGCCGCCAAGAUGGGCAUGACAGAGACCGUCAAGUUGUGCAUCAAAUAUGGUGCCAACUUGAAUGCCUGUACCGAAGAUCACAGGACGGCGCUGAUCCAUGCUGCCGACAACGGACACGUCGAAAUAGCCGAGUUGCUCCUCGCUAACCAGGCCACCCAUAUCAGCGCGUGUGAUAUGACUGGUGACUCCGCAACCUACCUGGCAGCGAGAAAUAACAAUCCAGACAUGCUCGAAACGUUGCUCCGCCAUGGAGCUGAUGCUGAUCAGGUUCACAGGGAUGGUAUGGGCUUGUUGCACAUGCCUGAUCUGUCUUCCGAGAUCAUGCGGAUGCUCCUUCAGUAUGGCGCCAACCCGGGGCAAAUGGACAGCGCCGGUAACACACCUUUGCCCAAGGCCGUUAAAUCCCGCAAUUUUCAGCACAUGGUCCUCCUUCUGAUAUGUAGUGCCGGGAGUAUGAUCGGCCCUGCCGAUCUCGAGGAUGAUCCUUUGGCGGUGGCACUGCACCGCCAAGAUGAGGGCAUUCUCCGCCUGCUGCUCAGCUAUGGCGUACAUAGCUCCUUUGCAAUUCAUUUGCGGGGUGCUACUGUACUUCAUAUGGCAAUCCACCUCGACCGUCCGAGGAUGUUGCAGGUACUCCUGGAGGAAGGGUUGGACCCGAAUCUGCGAGAACGGACUGGACCGACUCCGUUGCACUUCGCCGUCGAAAAAAGAAACCUGGAAACCACACGGAUUCUUCUCGAGCAUGGCGCCAACACUCAGCUCAUCGACAAUAAUAACAACACUCCGCACCACAUAGCAGCUUCGAACCGGCAGAUCCUCAUCCUUCAGCUUCUACUCGUGAACGACGCUGAUCCAGUCGUUCGUGAGUACUUCUCGAGGACCCCAAUCGACGAGUACGACAGCCCCGAAGCUGAAUCCGUCCUUCUCACCAAGGGACCGAUGGGAUCUCGCCUGGUACGACUCCUUCGGGACGCCUCGAGUGCGAAGAGACCACCAGGACACCCGGUCAUCUUUGCCAGGCGGAAGGGGAGUCGAAUGAAAAGCUCUAGUCUAUGGUGCUGGACAUGA